UUCUUUUUCACUUUUUUCAAUUGAUCUUAACAGAAUCAGAAAUACAAUUUGUUUAUAUGUUUCUCUUCUUUUACUAAUCGGUCGAAUCUAAUUUAAAUUUAUUCAAACGAAAAAAAGAAGAAAAACGCUUGAUUUAUAGUCUAGUUCUGUUAAAUUUAUUGAAUUUGGGAUUGUUGAUUAAAAUGAGCAGCACAUCGAUGUCUCGAACGAGAACGCGCGUGGGUAAGUAUGAGUUGGGGAGGACGCUAGGAGAAGGAACCUUCGCCAAGGUCAAGUUUGCCACUAACGUCCAAACCGGUGAUCGCGUUGCCAUUAAAAUCAUUGACCGCGAUCGAGUCCUCCGUCACAAGAUAAUUGAGCAGAUCAAAAGAGAGAUUUCGACGAUGAAGAUGAUUAAACACCCCAACGUCGUAAAUUUAUUUGAGGUUAUGGCUAGCAAAACCAAGAUCUACAUUGUUCUCGAAUAUGUUGAUGGAGGCGAACUUUUUGACAAAAUUGCUAAAUAUGGAAAACUUAAAGAAGAUGCUGCAAGGAGAUACUUUCAACAGCUCAUCAAUGCUGUGGACUACUGCCAUAGUAGAGGUGUAUACCACAGAGAUCUAAAGCCGGAGAACCUGUUGCUUGACUCCUACGGCAUUCUUAAAGUUUCAGACUUCGGAUUGAGUGCUUUCUCAGUGCAAGUCCGGGAAGAUGGACUGCUUCACACAGCCUGUGGGACACCAAAUUAUGUAGCACCUGAGGUUCUCACUGAUAAAGGCUAUGACGGUACUUCAUCAGAUGUAUGGUCUUGUGGGGUUAUUCUCUUUGUUCUGAUGGCUGGAUACUUGCCUUUUGAUGAGCCCAACCUCGUUUCUUUGUAUAGGAAAAUUCAAAGGGCCGAAUUUUCAUUUCCUCCAUGGUUCUCUUCCAGUGCGAAAAAGCUGAUUAAGCGUAUUUUGGAUCCAAAUCCACUCACUAGAAUGAGCAUUCCUGAAAUUCUAGAAAAUGUCUGGUUCAAGAAAGAUUACAAGCCACCUCACUUUGAGCAGGAAGAGGGGGUAAAUCUUGAUGAUGUUGACGCUGUCUUCAAUGACUCUGAUGAACAUCUUGUUACAGAAAGGAAAGAGAAACCAGAAUCCAUGAAUGCCUUUGAGCUUAUUUCUAGGUCUCAGGGGUUCAGUCUUGAAAACCUGUUCGGGAAGCAGGUGGGGCUAGUAAAGAGAGAAACUAGUUUCACAUCCAAGCAUCCACCAAAUGAAAUAAUGUCAAAAAUCGAGGAAGCUGCUAAACCUCUGGGUUUUAAUGUUCACAAAAGAAACUAUAAGAUGAAGUUACAAGGUGAUAAAACAGGAAGAAAAGGCCAACUUGCUGUAGCUACAGAGGUUUUUGAGGUGGCUCCUUCGUUGCAUAUGGUGGAGCUAAGGAAAACUGGUGGUGACACCCUGGAGUUCCACAAGUUCUACAAUAACUUCUCAUCGGGGUUAAAAGACAUUGUAUGGACGACGGAAUCAAGUGAUGAGAAAACGGGAUGAAGUCUCGGUGCAAUUGCAUUUGGGUUACCUAUUUCACAUUUUUAAUUUUCCUGGAGAUGUUAACGCUUAUAAUUGUAUUGAGAAUGAAUGAAUUAAUUAUAUAGGAUAGGACUUUAAUUUGGAGGGUAUUAUAAUUAUAUAUAUAUAUAAUGUGUGAAGUAUUGAUAAAGAUAGCUGCAUAUGUUGUUGACAAGAACAAUUAAUAAAUGGAAGUGGUGGAGUAGUUUGUCUUAAAACAACAA